ACCCUGUGCACCCAUUUUUCUUCUUUCCGCCUUUCCUCGUAUAACCGCCGUUCUUCUCCAACUUCAUUCAACAGUGCGCACCAAGUCUACAAGUUUUUCUUUCAACGGUGCUCUCUCCAAGCAGAAGUGCAUUGGUUGUAUUGAUGGCACACAUAUUGAAGCAUGUAUCCCAGUACAAGAACAAUUUCUAUAUACAAGUAGAAAAGGCAUUCUGACAUGGAAUGUCAUGGUAGCAUGUGAUUUCGAUAUGUGCUUCACAUUUAUAUCUGUUGGAUGAGAGGGAUCUGUUCAUGAUGCACGUGUUUUUCUACACGCAAUUGAGACAAGAUCUAUGAACUUUCCACAUCCGCCUCAAGGUCGAUAUUACUUGGUAGAUAAAGGCUACCCUGAUCGAAAAGGGUAUCUGGUACCAUAUCCAAAGAUCAGAUAUUAUCAGUCCCAGUUUGAGAAUGAGCUGCACACUAAUGCUGAGGAAGCUUUUAAUCGUGCACACUCAUCACUCCGGAGUUGUAUUGAGAGAUCAUUUGGAGUACUUAAGAAGAGAUGGAGAUUAUUGAAAAGAAUGUCAAAAUUUAGCAUCAAUACACAAAUUGAUGUGAUAGUGGCAGCCUUUGCAUUGCAUAACUAUAUAGUCUAUAUUCGGAAGAACUCCAGUACGUGAAGACUUACUUUUCAAUUUCAUUGAAAAUAACCCGGACUAUGACCUAAGUGAAGAGCUAGAGGAUGCACACGAGACAAACUCAAGUGAUGCUACAUAUACUAACACAUCAAGUGAGAUGAAGGAAGUCCGCAAUAAUAUUGCCAAUUUAAUUUGGAAUGGUAGUCACUAGUAUAAGAGAAUGACACUUGUAUGAGUUGCAAUAUACUUUGUUACAUUCAAAUUGAUUUUUGUUUUAUUUUUAUUAACGUUAAAAUCAUAAGUUUU